UUGCAGGUCGGGUUACCACUCAUCUAAAAACUUCGCAUUUUGGAUGUUUUCCCCCUGUUGUCGUUGUGCAGUGUCGCGUGCACGCGCGGAGCGGGGAGCCUGGUUUCUGUAUUUGUGGAUGGAUGAAUAGACGUGGGGGGCACACCGUGAAGUGGAGGUGGCGUUGAACAGGUGAAGCCCGGGGGCAGUUAACGAAGCGGUCAUAGGAGACAGUGUGGACACGCGCAGCUCCUCUGUAUUUUCGGAGGUGCGUUCAGCGGCGGUUGGGAUAAACGAAACAAACGAAGCCUGCUCUGUUCUUUGGAUUCAAAUCACAUUAUUGGUUCAGUUCAAGUUGUGCGCAACAGGAUCUGGACUUUAUGGAUGCUACAGCAGCUCUUCCCCACCACUCGGUAACACAACUGUAUUUGUUACACGAGUAUAUGGACGGACUUACUUCUGUGCAACAGUCGUUCAUGUGAAACCUCCAGAGAAGAUGAAGGAAAAAUGCAAAAACGCGGCAAAGACGCGGCGGGAGAAAGAGAACGGAGAGUUUUACGAGCUGGCCAAGAUGUUGCCUCUGCCGGCGGCCAUCACCUCCCAGCUCGACAAGGCCUCCAUCAUCCGACUGACCAGUAGCUACCUCAAGAUGAGGACAGUCUUCCCCGACGGUCUGGGUGAUGGAUGGGGUCGGUCAACAAGGCUCAGUCCUCUGGACAGCAUGGCUAAAGAACUGGGCUCCCACCUUUUACAAACUCUGGAUGGCUUUGUGUUUGUCGUUGCCUCUGACGGCAAAAUCAUGUACAUUUCUGAAACAGCAUCAGUCCACCUCGGCCUGUCCCAGGUGGAGCUGACAGGAAACAGCAUAUUUGAGUACAUCCACCCAUCAGACCACGAUGAGAUGACAGCAGUGCUGGGUCUUUGUCAGCCCCCACACCACCACUUCUCCCUCGAGUAUGAAAUAGAGCGCUCCUUCUUCUUGAGGAUGAAAUGUGUUCUGGCUAAACGAAAUGCAGGACUCACAUGUGGGGGAUAUAAGGUCAUCCAUUGCAGCGGUUACCUCAAGGUGCGGCAGUACAUGAUGGACAUGGCGCUGUAUGAAUCCAGUUAUCAGACUGUGGGUCUGGUGGCAGUUGGUCACUCCCUGCCCCCCAGUGGUAUCACCGAGAUCAAACUCCACAGCAACAUGUUCAUGUUCAGGGCCAGCCUGGACUUAAAACUCAUUUUCCUGGACACAAGGGUGGCAGAGCUGACAGGCUAUGAGCCUCAGGACCUGAUAGAGAAGACUCUCUACCACCACGUCCAUACCUGUGAUGUGUUCCAUCUACGCUAUGCUCAUCAUUUAUUACUGGUGAAGGGGCAGGUCACCACUAAGUACUACCGCAUGUUAUCAAAGCAUGGAGGCUGGGUGUGGGUGCAGAGCUACGCCACCAUUGUCCACAACAGCCGCUCCUCCAGACCUCACUGUAUUGUCAGUGUGAACUACGUCCUCACAGACGUUGAGUGCAAGGAGCUUCAGUUAUCUGAUGACCAGAGUCGGGCCACAAAGCCGGGUCUCAGUCUCGCUUCAGUUCAGGACCACCGCAAACAGCUGAAAACCAAAGCAGUUAAGAUGAAGACCAAACUUAGAGCAGUUCACUAUCCCGAGGUCGGGAUUCCACUUGGCUUGCUGAGUAAACAAAAGCACGCUGCUAGCCUCUUCAAGCAGGACCGCUUAAACUGCUCCCCACAGAGGGGGCUGUGGAAGGAGAGAUCUGAGUACCCGCUGACCUCCUGCAGCGAAAGGAGCUCCAGCUUGAGUCCUGAAACAAGCCGGUUGUCGUGCAGCCCAACAUACAACCUGACCCUGCACUACCCCUACAACCACCGGCAUCUAGAUGCUCAGAACCACCUUCCCGGCUCAGGUCUGUCCCCCCAGCCGGCUCCGCAGAUCAUCGGCUCUCUGCACAGCAGAGGGUCGGUUGGCUGGAACAUCAGCUGCCCCGCAGCCCCAAAUAAGUACACAGGCCCAGAGCUUGCAGCUGACCGCAGACACCCCGAUGAGAUCUACAAUGAUUGUUCCAGCCCCACAAACCCACAUUCUACCGGCAGUCUGAAGGAAGAACCCUACGAACAUUACACGUUUUUCCAUGGUGAGCUGCCUGAGGUUUGUCCACACCCCCGCCCUCAAAGCGCCAAGGACAUAAAGCGUUUGGGCCAACAGGUCCGACAUAACACAAGAGGCGAGGGACCUCAAGGUGACCGGGGCCUUGCCUGCCCUUUGAUCCGCGACCUAGUACCAGGCAAAGCUGAGCAGGGUGGCUCGCUGCACGGCGCCACCGGCCAGCCUCUCCCCGUGCAGAUGGCGCUGGAGCAGAGAAGGCGGCUGUGUAUGAUGGAGGCUCCCUACAGCCACCCGGCCUCCGCAUAUCCACAACCUGCCAACAGCCUCCAGCAGCACGGAGCUACUGCAGAGCUGCAGCCCAGGUGUGCUGAGCAGGACAGGCGAAUGUUGAUCGGUAUGGGAGUCGGCGUUGGACUUCCAACGCAAAACCCAUACGUGUCUUUGAAGUUUCACAAGGUCCUGGGGAAACACGGUUCCAUUAAAGCCCCCGCUUUCACCACACUGAGCCAUGUAACAGACGGCCACAGUUACCACGGCAAAGAGAAAGCCUCUUACAGCUGUAACAGCCAGAGCCCCAGCUCCGACUCGUCAGCCGAGAGUCACAGAGAGAUCCCACAUUACAUCGGUACAUCCGUCAUUAUCACCAACGAGAGGUGACUCAGGAGACCACUAAGUGCUUCAAAGACUAACCCGAGGUCUCUUCUCUUCGACGCAUCCACUUCAGCAUUCUUUUACUCAAAAUAGGACAUUAGAGCUGUAAACUAUAAGCAAAACAGCUUUUGCAGAAAUUGGAAUUAGCUUUUACUAUUUUUAUUAUUAUUAAAUCCAAACCUAGGGGGCCUGAAAAUCAUAAAUGAUUUCAACCUGAUUUUUAUUCUCAACAAAUCUUUUAAUUGACACAUUUCAUUUCUGUAUGCUCACAUUAUAAAUUUAAACAUAAUUCACUAACAACCCAUCCUAAUUUAAGUUUGAUUUUGAGGGAUGGAAUGGAUUUUUCAUCUGCCAAGCACACAUCAAUAAAAUCUUAAAAUCUUGAUACAUUUCUGAAAAUAAAGGAUCCAGGUCAUUAUUUGGUAAACAACAGCUAACAGAUUUGCAUCUCCCACUCUAGAACCAGUGUAGUACAACUAUGUGUAUACGAGGCAGCAACAAGCCUCCUCUGCAGCAGCUCUUGAAAUGAAAAUCAAUUUGUAUUUAACCGACAGAAGGAUUAAUUUAGGCAGAGUUUUGUCUUUAAUUGCACUAUUAAUUCCCUGUUAUAUAUUUAUUGCAUAUCUUGAAUGAUUUUUCAGCCGUUUCCACUCUAAAUAGGGUGCAAUAGAAUGGGGAGGUGAGGGAGUGUUUAGCAUGUUGUAAGCUAGCCUUCCACACAGGCUGAAACAGCCUUCACACUCAACCCUGUCCCCAAGAAGUUAGCGCUUUGAUAUUGGAAUUGUUAUCACAAAUAAAUGUCUGCCGAGAAUAAAAUAAAGUUUGUUUUAAAGAAAAACAAUG